CUCCAAAUCCUGAAAAGGACAAAUGUGAAGCAGCCAUUCAGAAGGUUCUGAAAGUUGAAUCCUACAUGAAGCACCCUCUGCAGAACAAGUGGGCUCUCUGGUUCUUCAAGAACGACAAGAGCAAAACAUGGCAAGCCAACCUUCGUCUGAUCUCUAAGUUUGACACGGUGGAAGACUUCUGGGCACUCUACAAUCACAUUCAGCUCUCAAGUAACUUGAUGUCUGGCUGUGACUACUCUCUGUUCAAGGAUGGAAUUGAGCCCAUGUGGGAGGACGACCGGAACCGACGAGGCGGCCGCUGGCUGAUCACUCUGUCCAAACAGCAGCGCAGAGCCGACCUGGACCGGUUCUGGAUGGAGACGCUUCUGUGUCUGGUGGGCGAAUCUUUUAAUGACUUCAGCGACGACGUGUGCGGAGCCGUCAUCAACGUCCGAGCCAAAGCAGACAAAAUAGCAGUGUGGACCACGGACUUCGAAAACAAAGAGGCCAUUACACACAUAGGGCGAGUGUAUAAAGAGAGAUUAGGCGUUCCGUCUAAAGUCAUCAUUGGAUACCAGUCGCACGCCGACACGGCCACAAAGAGCAGCUCCUCCACCAAGAACAAGUUUGUUGCCUGAAGACCAUUAACAACAACCAUCGUUUCUUAUUUUCCUGUUGCCAGCCAAGAGUUUUCUGUAGUUAGUCCAUUAACAAGUUUAUCCACCAACAGUUAUUUAAAAUGGAGAUGUCACUUCUUCUCGUCUGUUUGCCACUUUACCAAAUCCUUUGUUUACGGUGCAGUGAAGAUGUAGCACUAUAGUUUGAGGCCUUUCUGAUUUUUGUGGUGGUGUUGGGCUGAUGAUGAGAUUGUUGAAGAGGCCCAGUUUUCCUUUUGAAAUGGAAGUGCACAUGUUUGGUGAAUUUUGAUUUUGUGAAUAUAAAUUAUUUUUGUAAAAGUACAGUAAAGGCAAAAAAAAAGAUUUAAUCUGCAGCUGUUUGUCAGUGCUGUUCAUAACACUGAGUUCAUUUAGAUUUAUUGUAAAGUUUGUGGCACACU